UAUUUAUUAAAAAAAAACCAUUUAUAUGAUCAUAUAUCUUCUUCUUCUCUUCUCAUCCCAAUCCCCUAAACCAUUUCUGUUUAGACAGUUUUUAUUGUUAUAUUUCUCUCUCUAAAAAAAAACCUAUAUAUACACAUAUAUAGAGAGAGAAUUGUGUGAAAAAUUGAAAAUCACUAAUAAAAAAAAUAAAUUAAAUUUAUUAUUAUGGCACAAUUACCACCAAAAAUACCCCAAAAUUGGGCCAAUAAUUCUUUUCAUCCUCACAAUCAACAACCCUAUUGGGUCGACGAGUUUCUUGAUUUCACGGCGGCGCGUAGAGGAGCCCACCGCCGGUCAGCCAGCAGCGAUUCCAUCGCCUUUCUCGAAUCGACGACAACCGAAGAAUUUAAUGCCAAUUCUACUCGUAAUUCUGCUGCAUUGAUCAUGAUGCAAAGCUCCUUCGAUAAAUUAGAUGAUGAACAGCUCAUGUCAAUGUUUUCCGAUGAGUUUUCCGGCGCCGGCGCCGGCGCCGGUGACGGAGUAGUUUGUUCUAAUCCUUCCACGUCUAAUUCUGACGAUAGGGAUAGUAAUAAUAAUGAUGAGAAGUUGUCACAGAAGCUGAAAUCUGAACCGGAGGAGGUUGAAGAGGAGGGUUGUAGCGAAGGUGAUGAGCACGCGCCGCCGUUGAAUUCUUCUUCUAAUGCUGUUUCGUCUGGGGAUACUGUAUUCGACCCCAAAAGGGUAAAAAGAAUAUUGGCAAAUAGACAAUCUGCACAAAGGUCCAGAGUUAGAAAGCUACAAUACAUUUCAGAGCUUGAACGAAGUGUCACAACCUUACAGUCAGAGGUAUCAGCAUUAUCUCCAAGAGUUGCAUUUUUGGAUCACCAGAGAUUAAUUCUUAAUGUUGAUAAUACUGCUCUUAAGCAACGAAUUGCUGCUUUGGCUCAAGAUAACAUUUUCAAAGAUGCUCAUCAAGAGGCAUUGAAGAAUGAAAUUGAGAGACUAAGGCAAGUGUAUCAUCACCAAAAUAUAAAGAAGAUGGAAAUUCAUAAUCAACAAAACGCGCUAUCGUCGGCGAGACCACUCGCCACCACCGCCGCUGCCCAAAACUCAGAUGGCAGCGGCGGCGGUGAUUGUUCGGUCAACGGUGCAUGAUAAACUCAUAAUGCUAACUUGCGCUUUCUUCACAUGAUGUGUUUCUAAUUUGUAAUGCUUUUGUGGGACCCACUUCUCUAUAAAUAUUCUUAUUCUUAUUGGAGGGUGGAAACUUGACACGUGGACGACAUCUAAGAUAGGUCAUGAACAUGCAUGUUCUAUUAAUUUCAAAAAAAAAAAAGUAAUGUGUUUUUUAUUUUAUGGGGUUGGGAUUAUUCUUUUUAAUCAUUUUGUACUAUUGUUUUAUGUGAUUAGUAAUUUCUUUUUCUUUUAGAAUAUUUUGGAUUUUAUUUCUUUGGUGGGGGAGAGAAAAUUAAUUGUAUUCAUAGCAUAAAUUAUGCUUUUUUUUUUUUUUUUUUCUUUUUAAUAUAUUGUUUUCUUUGAAUCCUUUUCUAUUUUGGAAAUGUAAAAAAAAUGACAUUACAUAAGAAUUUGGAUUAUUAGUUUCUA